GGGUUUUCAGUUAUCUUCAGUGGUGUGCUUUGUCUGAGAAAAGGUAUCCAACUGUAGGAUUGUACAUUACUUUGUAUCUGAACUGUUGGGGUUAAAUCUGUGGAUAGGGAUUGCUUGCAUACAGUGUAGAAAUGGAAACAAAACUCGAAAAGGUAUUGGAUAGUAAAAGCAGAAUUGUGGUUGGCUGGAAGAGGAAGCGGGCGGCUCAGUAUGCAGCACACUUAUCUGCUUUGAACUCAAAGAAAAAUAGGCUUUGCAAGCGGAGAAAAUUAGAUGGGUAUAGAAUGAAUUAUGGGCCUAAUUUUGAAAAAUCUUUGCUUAAAGGUUAUUCAAAUUUUAUGAAAACUGAGCUGCCACAACGCAUAAUGUUUUAUGUAAAUGGUGACUGGAAAGAUUUCCCUCAAAAUAUCAUUACCUUGGUGAGGAAAGAUUUUCAGGUCAGGAAGUCAUAUACUGAGGUUGAACUCAAUGGUAAUUGCUUUAUGCUAGACUUCAUGCACAUGGUACGGGUAGAUAUGAAAACAGGUUUACAGCAACCUAUUGCUUGGAUUGAUGAAGCUGGUAACUGCUUCAUUCCAGAAACUUUCUCAGGGGAAGAUGAAAUUCAUUACUGCUGCAGGCAUGAAUAUGGUAAAGAUCAACAGCUCUUUUUUGGGGAGCCUUAUGGGUCUCAUGAUAUCAAAUUGCAACUUGAGAUUGACAUAAAAGGAGUUGGUCACUCUAAAUUGGAGGAAUGUAGUGGAGAGUCAAAUGCUCUUGAUAAGCAUUUUCUGAUUGGUAAAAAACCUGCUAGCAACCGAUUUGAUGUUGAAGUUGAGGAUAGCAAUAAAAUGUCUGAUGUAAAAGUGGAUGAGGCUGUUGGAGAAAAUCAACAGAUAGAGGGAAAUUUAAUCAGUAGGAUUGGAUCAAGCCAUGGAAGUUUGGAUUUUGAUACUGUGAGGGACAUGUUUACUAGUGGCAUGAACUCGCUCAUUAGUGCAGACAUAAUUGAGGUAUACCGGGGCUCUAGUGCUUCAAUGGAAGCUCGACUAGAGCUUUUUCAGAAGCAGAUUGAAAUCACUAGCAAGUAUCGUGCUGAUGCAAAUGUUAAAUAUGCUUGGCUUGCUGCUUCUAAAGAAGCACUAUCUAGUAUCAUGAUGUAUGGGCUUGGGCAUUGUAGACCGUCCAAAGUGAAGCCUGUAUAUGGCAUUGGUGUUCAUCUAACAGCUGCAAACUUCUCAUAUCCCAGUGUAAAUUAUUGUGAUGUUGACGAAAAUGGAGUACAGCACAUCGUAUUAUGUCGUGUUAUAAUGGGAAAUAUGGAGCUUGUUCAUCCUGGAUCUGGACAAUGUCAUCCCAGUAGUGAGAAUUUUGACAGUGGAGUAGAUGAUCUUCAAAAUCCGAAACAUUAUAUAAUAUGGAAUAUGAACAUGAACACACACAUCUAUCCUGAAUAUGUUGUUAGUUUCAAGGUUUCUUCCAGGGUUGGUGCUGAAGGAUAUCUUAUUGGAAAUGAGAGCAAUUAUGACAUUUCAGGGGUUACUACUUGUCAAGGGCAGUCUCAAGGCCAUUCAAAGUUGGGUUUGCACCCAGUUGGUUUGGGAAAUGAUUCUCAUCCAACUCCAAGUUUAGGAAGAUCGCUUGGAAAAGCUACCACUUUGGGUUCAAGCACUCUGAGGGUUCCUAAAUCCCCUUGGAUGCCAUUCCCUAUGUUGUUUGCAGCUAUCUCAAAGAAGGUUCCUCUAAAAGAUAUGCAGCUAGUUGAUACCCAAUAUGAACUAUUUAGGCGGAAGAAGAUAAGUCGGGCUGAUUUUGUUAAAAAGUUGAGGUUGAUAGUUGGAGACACUUUGUUGAAGUCCACAAUAACCCAUCUUCAGUGCAAGGUUCCAUCAAAAACAUCAUGUGAUCUUGAAGCGCCAAAGCAGGAGCUGGAAAGUUCUGGGAGCCUCUAAUUCACCCUAGUACAUUUAUUUUUGAAUAUGGUAUGUUGGUUUAACUGCAGGUGUUCUUAUGUGUUUGAAGACAAGAGCUUAAAUGGUUAUUUUCCAGAAAUGAGUCGACAUCAAUUUGUGAAUAUGAUGGGCCUGGCUAAAUGAUGUUAGGUUUUUAGGUUUAUGGGAACUGCCAGUAGUUUUUAUUUUUUAUUUUUUAUUAUAUUGUCAGUGAAGAUUAUCUAUGACUUGUUGAAUUGAGACGUGGUAAUUAGCAUAAUUAAUGGAGCUUUUUCUUGUGGUGUGUUACCAUA